CUGAUUGAUCUGAUCAAUGAUUUUGUCAAUAUUUCAGUUAACGAUUAGGAAAAAUGAGCUAAUGUUCGUAAUAAAUAUACAUAUAUAAAGCGCAAGCGCUCGUUUGUACAGUGAAAAUUUAAACGCGUGCGCGCAUCUCGCAUAAAAGGACCAAUCAACGUGGACGGUUAAGUAGAGGGUGCUUCGAUCGAUGUUGCUAUUCGUGAUGAGCGUGCGCGCGAAAGAUAGACCAGACUAUGCAACCCUAACUUUCCCAUUCGCGACCGACGCGGACCACCGACGUGGACCAUUACUGCUUUUUUAUCUUUAUUUCCCUAUCUUGUCUUUUCAUUAUUCUUAUUACAUUCCCUUCGCGAUAACAAAGAAACAAGAAGAAGAAAACAUUUUUCAUUGAGGUGUUACUCAUUGAUUCUUACCGAGAGUGUGCUUCGCUCAUCAGGGACGACGCUCGAUGAAAGAGAAUGAAGAGAAUCGCUAACAAGAGGAAACAGGAUGAACAAACUUGCACAGCAUUUCUACGACAAGAACGCCCUUCUUAUUUCCAACGAUUUUCCUCUUUAAACAGCUGUUCGAGCAUGGGUGCCCGACGAUCAGGUUCCGGCGGGGGUCGAGGAAACGCUGGGAUCCUGAAGGAAAGGGCAAACAUGUCCUUUAUGCUGGUAGUCAUGUUCUUCGCCGUUUUUGGUCUGAUCGUUCUCACGGAGAUAUUUCUGAUCGACGAAAGACGAGGUGUAAACGUUAGCGGUACGGGUGCACUAGGUGGUCACAGAAACGGACACCGUUUGCCAGCGGCACCGGAUCGUCCGGAUUACGGUGAAAUCGGAGGCGAAGACUACAUCGGCUUAAAGGGUACCUUCGACGAUCAUAUUGGUUUAUUGGUUCACGGGGAGGAAGGCGGACAGAAGGCAGCGAUUCAUGCCGAUCCGAGGGUCCUACCAAGCUUACCGCCUAGUUUGGAAGCUCGUUUACCGCAAUUAGACCAAAGCCUGAGGGUCACGCAUGCCGAGUGGUUACCAGUUACCAAUACCAGAUUCAAAUUCUUCGUUUACUCGGCAUACUACGACGACAGAGUGGCGGCGUCGGCGGCGGCGGCGGCGACUGGUAACGGUGCAUCUGGAAACGUUAACAAAGGGAUAGUACGAGUUAUAAGUGCAACGAAAACUCGAGGACCGGAACGAGUAUGGUGCAGACUUUGGUAUCGUCAGCAAAACAGCGGAAAUGUAACGGCCUCGGUAACAGUGGCUGCUAAAGUAAAGGUGAUCAGAGAAAAUUGGAAUUUGAAAUAUAGCGCCUGUUUCGUUAUCUGCCCUUUACCAAAGGAAUCGAUCAUGGCUGACAGUAUACCGGAAGCCGUUAGCGUCGUAGCUAAAUUAAGAGCAACUCCGACCAAUCGAAUUCUCGUUUUGAAUCGACCCGAGGAUAGAUUGAAGGACAGAGAACCAUUAGCAGUUUGCGUGAAACCUUUGCAUUACGAUUACAAUCGAGUAUUGCAAUUGGUUGAAUUUAUCGAGCUCUACAGAUUACUUGGUGCAACUCACGUUACUCUUUACAACGAUACAGUCGGUAACGAAGCCGAUUGUGCCCUCAAGUAUUACAAAAAUAAAGGCCUGGUAACUAUUUUACCUUGGCACCGUUUGGACAUGAUUUCUCAACGAGAAAUACGAACGGAAGGACUUUUCGCGGCUUUAAACGAUUGUCUUUAUCGGUCCAUGUAUAAGUAUGAAUACGUAGCACUCGUUGAUCUUGAUGAGUUCAUCAUACCGCGUCACAAUGACACCAUAGUCGAUCUUAUAAGGUGGAUGAGCAGUCGAAUAAACACCAAAUCAACGGGAGCGUAUUCCUUUCAAAACGCCUUUUUCUAUUUGCAAUGGGCGGACGAUCCGUUCGUAACGAUGAGCAGGACCCCAACCGAAGCUGGUCUGAUCACGUUAAAAAAAACUAGACGAAGAACUAAGUUACAUCCGCACAAACAACGAUCUAAAUACGUUUGCAAGCCUCAGGGAGUCGUUGAAGCUGGCAAUCAUUUCGUUUGGGAAUUCAUACCUGGACAUGGCACUCUGAACAUGCCUUUGGACGCUGCCAUAUUACAUCAUUAUCGAGUAUGCGAGUUUGGUGGCGACGAUUGUAUAAAAACACCCUCGGUGGUCGAUAGAACGGCCUACAAAUACAAGGAUAGGCUAGCAGAGAAUACUGAUAGAGCUUGGACAGAUCUUAGUACCGAGUGUACCUUGCCUGAACUGGAUCCCGUGCCAAUAAUGACGCCACGAAUAAAAACUAGCCCAUUGGGGAAGUCAGUUAGGUAGCGAAAGACUAUCAUUAAAGUCCCAUGGGAUAUUAGGAAUUUAACUGGCACGCCGAGGGUCGCCAGGACCUAUUUUUACAAUUAUGGUAACCCUUGAUCGAUCGAUUAACAAACUCGAUGAAUCUUUCGUGAAGAUUCAGAAGCGUUAAGAAGACGUGUUUAAUCAAAUUUCAUCAGGGUAACCGUACAAGUUUUUACCCUGUUGGCGGCUUACGUCCGGAAGCUCCAAAUUCGAAGGAUUUAUUAUAUCUCCUUAAUAACCGACCGGAAUAAUUGGCUAGAAGAUAAACGAGAGACGAUAUCGUCGGAUUGACGUUGCCUUCGUUGAUUGAGGUUCGAUCGAACAAUUACAAUUUGUUCGUUAUGCGAGAUUAUACAUACAAAGAGGGUGUCCAUUUUGUCAAAAGUGGAUCAACAAUAUUUUUCUACGUGGAGUCAGAAAAACCGGGUCACCCCAAAUGUCUCGCAUUUAAUUUAUUAUCUGACGUCUGUGUUUAUUACUUCUUUCACUGUCCUUUCUUUUUUAUAUUUCCAUGCGUGCGUUCUAACGUUUCAUCGGGCUUACAUCGGGUUUACAUCGGGUUUACAUCGGUGGCAGUCAAUCAUUCUAUUUUUUCCUUUCUUCUUUAUCUUUUUUCUUUUUUUCGGAUCCAAUACUUUCUGUCUAUCGUUCGAAAAUUAUUAUUGACAAGCGAACCAAGAUUUCAUGUACAAGUUGAAUACGUUAUCGCAUAAACGGACUAUAUUCAAACACUUUUAGCUUCUCUAUAUGUUGCACAAUAAAUAAGUCAUUAUAUUCAAAGUUAGAAAAGUUAACAAUAAUAUAGUACACACGAUGUUCUCGAGCGAGUCGAUUUGAUUUUUACUGCAUUUGUAUUUCUUCGUUAGAUAGAAAGUAUGAUGAUCCAAAAUUUUCGAUACUAAAUGUCAAUGAUACUCUGCUGCCUUUCAGGCCUCAAACGUAUAUCGCACAGCUAACAAAUCAUUUUUCUUUUAAACAUACCAGCUAUAUUAUAAAUGAAUUAACUUACAUAUCUAUACGAGACUAAUUUUUGUCAACUGAUGCCAAUGCUGCCAUUGAAAUUAUUACCGCAGAACAUUAUUUGACUACUGUUAACUAUUUGCUGCUGCCGUUUUGUAGCUGCUUAUACUGAAUUAUAUCUUUUUAGAGAAAACCAAUCUCUGUUAACAAAAGACUGUUAAUUCGGUAGUCAUGGCCUAAUUUUUUCGGUCUAAGGUCUUUUAACGAUUGGCAAUAAAUCAAUACAUCAAUAUCUUAACAUUUUCAAAAUCCUUUUCUCAUUUUGGUAAUUAUUAUUCCUUUGAGAAUUGAUAUGAACAAAAUAUGUAUAUAUAUAUCUUUUAUGUUAAAACAUAUUUCACUUUGUCAUCUUAUUUGCGAUCAUAAUUUAUAUACCACGUUAACAAAUUCUUGUGAAUAUAAAUCAUCAAGAUUAUGUAUAAGUUUCGCUCCUUUUUUUCGGUUGUUCAUUUAUUUUUAUUUUUUAUAAUGAGCGCACUCAAAAUCCGCACAACGUGUUGAAACAAACUCCCUAUGCAUAUCCAUAGGAACAAUAUCUGACGUAGACAUAUUUAAUGUAUGUACAAUGUGUACUUAGAAAUACUUAAUAUUAAUGACCCAAUAGAAGAGUAUUAUAGAAGAAAAUUUUAACGAUUUAUCGCUAAUUAUUUGUAUCUCGUCAUUGUUCAUUAUCAAUGAAAAUGCGUUGCUCGUCGAACAAUCAUAAUUGAACAAUAUUAAUAUAAUAUUACUUUGUUUUUCAUUAUUAUUAUUAUAAGGAUUAUAUAAAAAUCAUGCAACUUUUUGCAUGAAUUUUUGCGUCAAUUUUUGCAUCAAUUUUUGUUUAUACUCUAUGCUGCGUGUAAUAUCUAUGGAAUAGAUACAAUGAUGGUGUACGAUGAUACCUAUCUUUUUCUAUUUUGUUUAUUUUUUAUGAUACAUACCAAAUAAAGAUAGAGAAAAUGACGAAUCGAGUGAACGAUUCUGUUGAUUUUGUCGAAUCAACGGAAGAUGAUUAAAAUUAUUUCUAAUUAAAAAUCUUCAUCGGAAUGAUCGAGCUUGCUGACAGAUCGUUUAUCCUGACCAACCUUGCGUUCGUAAUUCCCUAUAUCCGUACCUCUAACGGAAUUUAAAAGAUCAUCGUCAUCCUCAUCGUCGUCGUCGUCGUCGAGAUCUCCGUCAAUAAGUAAAUCGCUGUCACUAUCGAGCGAGCCAGCACUGUCGUUAGAUUCCAAAAUUGUUCCUCGUUGACGACCAGACAUGCUGCCGUAAAUUCGUCGCUGAGACAUUUGCGUUCUCGACGUUUUCUCUAUAUCUGUAACGAUGAUUCUUACUUUAUUAACAUUGCGAUGUUACAGCGAAAUGUAAAAGAAAGGAAACAAUGAAAAGAGAAAAAACAUA